AUGGCUGCACCCCGCUCGUUGGAUCGCCCUGUCCAACUACACAAAGAUAUCUCCGAUGAAGAGGAUGAGGUAGAUGAUCUAGACGAAUCUGCCCCCGAAGAUGACACUCCUGAAGACGAAGCCUCCGGCUCUGAGGAUUCUGAUUCAGAUGGACAAUCAGAGGGUUCCUCAGCAGCCGACUCGGUCGUCAAUGAGGAACCAUCCUUGAACGAAAUCAGCUUCGGUGCAUUGGUCAAAGCUCAGGAGUCCUUUCAUCCCAAUCCUCGAAAGCGGAAGCUAGCCGAUACUCAUCAGCCAGAGUCUUCGGGAAAUCAUGCAAACCAACAGGAUGACUUUUUUGACACUCGCAAAAGGUCCAAGGAGGCUCCUGUUCAAGCGACAAAACGUUCAUCCAAACACGCUCCGGCUGUCGAAUCUGCCAGAAAACCUGUUUCGAGGAAACGUGCCGUCUUCGACGCCUCGGCCGCAUUGAAGUUCCGAGAUCCACGGUUCGACCCAACGGUCAUGUCUGCAAACCGGGACAGGAAUGCAGUUGACAGAGCGAACAAAAACUACUCUUUCCUAUCGGCAUACCAAGCGUCCGAGAUUUUAGAGCUGAAAUCUCAGAUCAAGAAGUCCAAGGAUCCGGAAGCGGUAGCUAAGUUGAAGCGCCAAGUCAUGUCCAUGGAAGCCAAUGCUCGAAAUGCCGAGAUCAGGCAGAAGGAAAAUGAGAUCAGAAGCAAGCACAAGCAACAAGAGAAGGCUGCUCUGAGCGCUGGCCAGAAAUCCAAGCCGUACUACUUGAAGGAUGCAGAGGUCAAGAAGUUGAUCAACGAAGAAAGACUACAGAGCAUGGGCAAGCAGGCUCGUGAGAAGGCUGAAAAGCGGAAGAUCAAGAGAGAAAAGGGUAAAGACGCAAGGGACAUGCCUAGAGCAAGACGAGACAGGUGA